AGGGCGGAGAGCAUGCGUUUUGCCCUGCGUGACGAGCGCGGCGCCGCGCUUGGCUUUCCCGGAGUGACGGCUACGGUCCAUCUCCUCCCGGCGCUCGGCGUGCUAGGGGUAGGGCCGGCUCCGGAUUGGCUGCCGUCGUCCGACCCCUUUCUCCGCCAGCCAGUGCUUGUCCUCCGCAUGCGCCUGCGCGAUGGGCCGGCCGUGGGGGGCGGGAAGCGCUUCGCGGCAGCGGAGCCCAUGUCGGCCCUGAGGCGCUCGGGCUACGGCCCCAGUGACGGCCCUUCUUCGUACGGCCGCUACUAUGGGCCCGGCGGAGGCGAUGUCCCGGUGCACGUCCCUCCGCCCUUAUACCCUCCUCUUCGCCCCGAGCCUCCCCAGCCUCCCGUUUCCUGGCGAGGGCGCGGGGGCGCCCCGGCCGAGACCACCUGGCCCGGAGAAGGCGCAGGUGGCGAUGCCUACUACCCCUCUGGAGGCGCCUGGGCAGAGCCGAGCAGAGCCGGAGGCGGACACCAGGAACAGCCACCAUAUCCUGGCUAUAAUUCUAACUACUGGAAUUCUGUGCGACCGAGGGCCCCAUACCCAAGUGCAUAUCCUGUGAGACCAGAGUUACAAGGCCAGAGUUUGAAUUCUUAUACAAAUGGAGCAUAUGGUCCACCAUACCCUCCUGGUCCUGGACCAAAUACUGCCUCAUACUCUGGGGCUUAUUAUGUACCUGGCUACACUCAAAGCAAUUACUCCACGGAAGUUCCAAGCACUUACCGUUCACCUGGUAACAGCCCAACCCCAGUCUCUCGUUGGAUAUAUUCCCAGCAGGACUGUCAGACAGAAGCACCUCCUCUCCGGGGUCAGGUCCCAGGAUAUCCUGCUUCACAGAAUCCUGCAAUGACCUUGCCCCAUUAUCCCUAUGGAGAUGGUAACCGCACUGUGCCACAGUCAGGAUCGACUGUCCGACCACAAGAUGAUGCCUGGGCUUCUGGUGCUUAUGGGAUGGGGGCCCGUUACCCCUGGCCUUCAGCUGCGCCCUCAGUCGCACCUGGGAAUCUCUACAUGUCAGAAAGUGCUUCCGCCUGGCCUGGCAACAGUUCUCCUCAGCCACCUCCUUCACCGCCACCCCAACAACCUAAGGACUCCUCCUACUCCUAUAACCAGUCGGGUCAAGGCCUGAGCCGGCACGGCUUUCCUUGCAGUGUCCAUCAGUAUGAGUCUUCGGGAGCAACGAACAAUGAGAAUUCAGACCUUCUGGAUUCUCAAGUCCAAUACAGUGCUGAGCCUCAGCUGUAUGGUAAUGCCACCAGUGACCAUCCCAGCAAUCCAGUUCAGAGUAAUAAUCUCCCUGAAGAGUGUUUCACUUCAGAUGAAGGCACGCCUCCAAGUAUUAAAAAAAUCAUACAUGUGCUGGAGAAGGUCCAGUAUCUUGAGCAAGAAGUCGAAGAGUUUGUAGGAAAAAAGACAGACAAAGCAUACUGGCUUCUGGAAGAAAUGCUGACGAAGGAACUGUUAGAACUGGAUUCUAUUGAAACUGGGGGCCAGGACUCUGUCCGUCAGGCCAGGAAAGAGGCCGUCUGUAAGAUCCAGGCCAUACUGGAGAAAUUAGAGAAAAAGGGAUUAUGAAAUAAUUUGGAAUGAAGGGUAAGCCUGCUACUCAUGUGGCCAAAGAACUCUUGGAUUUGGUUAGUUACCAUCUUUUGAAAUGCCUGUUAUGACAAGAACAACACAUUCCAACUUCUGACUUAAAACCUGAAAGGAAAAAACAUGGAAAGCUGGCAGAGGACUGGAAGAGCGCGUUACUGGGUUCUGUCGGGUUUCAGAUGACUGAACAGAACAGGAAACUGGAGUUACCAGUACUGCCAAGUAGACCCACUGCUUAAGAAAUCCAUGGGCGUCUCUAGGCUGCUGCUUAUCAGCAGGAGGGAAAUAGACUUUCUGUGACAGGUUCUCAAAGCAUAAUCUGAGACAAACAGGCUGUUUUGUAAGCAUCCAGACUGUCACAUUUUUGUGCAUUGUGACUGCACAUGCUUCCUGUGUAAAUUAUAGCUUAGACUCUUGGACCUCGGUUUCGUUCACAAAUGUAAUACUACUCUACUUCUUGGUACAUUUUGUAGUACUAUGUUUAAUAUAAUCAAAUACCGGCAGCCAGCUAGAUGGGCAGUUCUGAACAGUCACACCCUUUCCCCACUGGGAUAGCCUGCAGUGUGUAGUGGGCUCCUGAAGUCAGUCAUCAUCUCCUUUUUGUGUAGCAUGUUAUGUUAGAGUUCUUCCCACUUCUGCUUUUCAUAGUCACCGGGAAGGUGAGUUUGGAAAUUACAUUAACCUAAGAAUGACAAUGUUUGUGGACAUUUGACUUCCUUGCUUUUUUUGUUGUAUUUGGAUAAAGAUCCACUUUUACAAUUGCUUUUUUAAGAAAAAUAUCUUUGGCUAUUGCUACUUCUAGAGAGCCUUAUGAUAGAAAUAUGAAACCUAAAUGCCACAGUUAGUAUAAAUAGCGACUGCAAAAAGCAACAAAUACAAUGAUUUCACAAUACCAUUCUCCAUUUAAUAGUUUCUGUGGGGCAGGUUUGAGCUCAGUGUAGAGCUGAUAAAGGAAAAGGAGAUUUACGCUCAGGGAAUGCAUCAGCCAUAGCUAAAGUAGGAAAUUCAUGGUUUUUAGAUUUAAAUUUGGUCUUUACUUCAUAGACUAAAUUACAUAGAAUUGCCUGUUUCAUAAGAAAGAUGUUAUUUAUUAUUAGUAACAGUUGAUUUGUUAAACCAAGUUUAAGAAAGGGGCCUUUCUUGGUUAUCCAUAUAUGUUAUUAUACAGAGACAGGUAAAUAAUUUACCUUUUAAAUCUAAAGUGAGGUCUAGCAUACAGUAUCUGCUUUUGCAACAAAAGCAGUUUCUUAGUAAAAUAUCAAAGUGAUACUUGUUUUCUAGACUAGCGGGCCUGUAUAUUAGUAAUAGUAAACCUACAGCCAUCCCUUCUACUCACAUAGAGCCAAACCAAUGCCAACAUAUAAUGAGUAGAAAUGUAGUAAAAAUAUUACAUGGAGGCUGGGCAUGUGGCAGAGUUAGUAGAGUGUUUGCCUCGCAUCCAUGAAGUCCUGGGUUAAGUCCUCAAUGUUGCAUAAACCAAGCAUAGUGUCCCAGCACUUGGGAGGUUGAGGCAGGAAGAUUGCAAGUUUAAGGUCAUCUUCAGCUAUAUAAUGAAUUUAAGGCCACCCUGAGCCACAUGAGAUCCUGUCUCAAAAAACUAAAAGGAUAAGUGAUUCAAGAUUUCAUGAUUUUAUCCAGGAGUCUUGUUUUUAAAAGAUUUUAUUUGGCUGGGUUUGGUGGUAUACACUUUUAAUCUAGGCAGAGGCAGGUAGAUCUCUUGAGUGCAAGAUCAACCUGGUCUACAGAGAGUUCCUGACCAGCCAGGGGUACAUAGUGAGACACACACUAUCUAUCUAUCUAUCUAUCUAUCUAUCUAUCUAUCUACCUACCUACCUACCUACCUACCUACCUACCUACCUACCUAUGGGAUGUGUGUGUUUUAUAUGUACAAGUUUUAUUUUUGAAAGAGAAUUUCAUCUCAGGUUGGCCUUAAACUUUGUAUGUAGCCCAGGACAACCUGGAAGUUCUGAUGCUCCUGUCUCACCUUCUGUUACAGGUGUGUGCCUGGUUUCUGUGGUGCUGAGGAUCAGACUCAGGGCUGUGUAUACUGGCAAGCACUGUGCUGAGCUACAGCUGUAGCCCUGAUUCUCUUAUUUUUGGCCUAAUAUAGAAAUGUUUUUAAGGUGGGCACGGUGACAUGCACCUGUAACCCCAGCAUUCAGAAGCAGGCGAUGGCUCUCUGAUUUUGAGGCCACCUUGGUCUACAUAGUGAGUGCCAGACUAGCCAGGAGUGAGACCUAACCACCCUUCAAAGAAGUUUUCUAUAAAAUAUGACAAUUAUACUUAAAAGUUUAAGAGGAGAAACUGUGUUGCCAGCAAGACAGUGACAGAUUCAGAAGAACACAUUUUUGCUUAACUAUGCUGCCCAAGAUGCCAGUUUCUGCACAUUCUUCAAUUUUACAUACUGUACACGUUAUGCACACAUGUACAUAUAUGUGUAUAUAUAUAUAUAUAUAUCUUAAGUUAUUUUUUGAACUAUUAACAUGGUUUUAAAGUUACAGAAGAGUUGUAAAAACAGUAGGGUUCCUGUGUACCCUCAAUCCACCCCCUUGUUUUGACAUCUUCCCUAACUAAAACAGUUGUCAAAAUUGAGAGUUAAUCUUUUAUGUGCUCUUAAUAUUAGCUAAAGUAGCAAGCUAAAAGUCGAUAUCUUAUUAAUCUUUUUAUUACAACUGCUCCAGAUCCCAUUUUGCAUUUAGUUGUCCCGUCUCGGUAGUCUGUCACUCUGUGACGCUGUAUCAUAAGGAUAGCCGGUCUUGUCGUGUAUUGCCGAUGUGGUUCACUGAGCACUCUGCUGAGGUGGUGUCUCCUAGGAUUCUCUACUGUGAGCUUACCCCGCUUUCCUUUGUAAUGACUGAGUAUUUGCUAGAGAUACUUUGAGACUAUGCAAAUGUCCUGUUUCUGCUUAGAGUUUGCCUCUCCUAUCUCCUGGCAGGUCUUGCUUGUGGCAUUUACUACUGUGGUGUUCAAAUGGUGAUUUUUCUAUUUCUUUCAUUUCCUCUAUAUUUAAUAAUUGGAAUUCUUCUGGAAGGAAGAACUGUGGUUUCUGGAUUUAUAUUUUUAAUUAUAUCAGGAUAUUCAGGAUAGGUACGAACUCAGAACUUAAAAGACAUAAAUCAUGUUAAUUGAUUCCAAAUGGCCAGUAUCAAAGAACAAAGCAAUGUUGGUGACCUGUCUUUGAAAAUAUAAUGAAUUUAAGAAUGAAAAUAGUAUUUGUGAUUUGUAAAAUUUGUCUGGCUUUUGACUUAAAAUUGAUUUGAAACUGAAACAAUUUUCUUUUGAAAUUUUACAUCUAGACUUUUUUAAAGUGUCUAAAUUUAUAUUACUUUGGGGAUCAUUUUUGUCCAAUCUUGAAUAAAGUUACCUACACCUGGCAUGAUAAA